CCAGAUCGUCCUGCUGAGAACAUGGAGUUAAUGGUCGACUAUGAAAAUAUCACUUUUCAGGUGGAAGAGGACAAUGUAGAUGGAUAUCAGCCGGAACAUCUGAAGCCAGGACUUCGACUCCAACGACGAGAUCCUGCUCGAAGAAAUGUCUCACCGCUGAUCAUCUACGUUCUUCUGGGCCUCUGCAUCCUGCUGUCCUCUCUGGCACUUGUUAUGGCGCUAAUACUGAUGACACAGACGAGGGAAAUUAAGAGGUCAGAUGCUGAUUUUCAGAUGGAAAUUUACCAAUGGAAGAGCAAUGUUACAGGAACCAUUGUGUCUGCAGCCAGCUCACUCUCCGAACUUCAAGCUGAGAUUUCACGGCUGAGGGCGAGUGCGUCCAUUUUCCACGCUUUCGACCACUGGAGAUUCUUCAAUCAACGACUUUAUUACUUCUCAUCAAAUGACUGGACAUGGGAUGAAGCUCAAAAAUACUGUGUCGCGAGAAACUCUGAAUUCGCGAUCAUUAACAGUAACGAGGAACAGGGUUAUAUCCGGAGUAACACAAAUGUGGACACUUGGAUAGGACUCCAUGACUCUGCUGUCGAAGGAAACUGGCGCUGGGUAGACGGCACGGAUUACGACACAAAUGUCAAGUUUUGGGCGGAUGGUGAACCCAAUGGUCACAAUGAAUUCGACGAAGACUGCGCAGUGGUCUCUAAAGAUGGAUCGUGGCACGAUUGGCCAUGUAAUUCCAAGCACCCCGUCAUCUGUGAAAAACCAGCGCAGUGAUCUUUCCAUUGGUGUUAUAGAGGGGACAAAGCAGACAGUGCGUCCGGCUGUAAAUGUCCCCCCGCACAUGUGUAGCAGGUGUGCGACCAUUACCUGAGAUUGGCCACUUGACUGAGUCGGCCGCGCUCUCCCUCCCUUCCUUUCCCCGCUGCACCCACUUUAAAGUCCACUGCUGAGAUUCCGUUUUGCUUCAUUACCAUAACACGGCAUUGAAAAUCCCGCAUGCAGAAAUAGGUAGGAAGGAACUGCAGAUGUCGGUUUACACCGAAGAUAGACACAGAAUGCUGGAGUAAUUCAGCGGGACAGGCAGCAUCUCUGGAUAGAAGGAAUAGGUGACGUUUCGGGUCGAGACCCUAUUUCAGACUGAGAGUCAGGGGAGAGGGAGACACUGAGAUAAGGAAGAGCAAGGUGUGAACGAGAAUUCAAAGGGGACGAUGGUCAAGGAGUAUGUAGAAUAUAUCAUUGUUAGCUGAGGGGAAGAUGACAACCAAGGCAUACAAUCAGUAAAAUGGAAUCACGAGGACAGUCAUGUCGGAAUAGGGAAUGCAGAAAUGUCGGAAUAAGAGUCACGAUCUGAAACGUCGCCAAUCCAUGUCCUUCAGAGAUGCUGAAUGGCCCGCUGACUUACUACUGAAUUACCUAAUGGACCAGUUGUCAGCGUUACACUCGCAUUUAAGAUGGUCACUUCCUUCAUCCCGCCGCUUGUCUGUGCAAAGCUCAAUUAAAUAUGUUAUUCGGCGUGCAGCAACUUUAACUGGGCUUCUAUGAGUGAACAUGCUUCAUUUUCUGUCACCGACACGGUAGCAAGUGAAAAACAAUGCGCUCACAAAAUCUCUAACAGAAGCCACACCUCUCAUAGGAUCAGCGCAUCUCCAAAGUGCUCUCCCACCCGCACAACAUCUUGGUCCUUACCCCUACAGUCGCAGUAGUCAUUCCCUCCCUGCCCCCCACUGGCCCAGGUGUUCAGGAGACAACGGGACCUUGGGGGCCGUGAAAUGAAUCUCAUCUGAGGAGUCUGUAGAAUGUAUACACCGCUGAUAAGCGCCAUUCUCUGCCAGCGUGUCUCUGUUAAUCCUAAUGCUCAAUAAAGGAACUUUGUUUGA